GAGAAUAGUGGAUAUAGUGGACAAAGGAUGUUAAAGAUAGAGCUCCCAGGCUUUGUGCUAGGCUGUAAAAAAAACAUUUUGGUUGUGUGAAACAUUUUGCUCUAGGUAAGGUGUUGUCCUUUCAGUCCAUGUUCUUUUCAUGUGUCAUUGCCACAGUCUAGUUACCAGCUGAAACGUGAUGUGUCCAGAGCGGCAGACAUGGCAGCCAUAUUCAGGCACCAGGGCCAUGGCCAGCACUGUCUCUCUUCAGCACCUCCUGCAGAACAUCAGGCCUCCUGCCUUUCUCUUCUCUCUCCCAAAGGUCUAUGCAGCUGAGGCGGCAGCUGCCCAUACAACACAGAGACUUUCCUCCCCCUCAGGCACUGCUGCUUCUGCAGAAAACCUCUCGCAACACUGUCUGCCUAAAAUCAUAGGCCAACCUGAAUUCCCAGACACUGGAUGGGACCGUUUAAAGGAACUUUUUACCAAAGAUGAGUUCAAGAGGUACCCAGAGGAGAUAAGCAAUGUGAUUAAGAGCGGGUUGGUUGCAGCAUUAGCAGGCAUGAUCUAUGGAGGAUUACCUGCUGGAUUUCACGCCAGACAAAACUACAUCCAAAAAAACCAGGCCGAGAUCUACACCUGCAAUGUGGAUGCUGUGCGCUCAGCACAUAAUGCUGCAAUCAGGGGAUUUAUAAGAUACGGCUUUCGGUGGAGCUGGAGAGUAGCUGCUUUUGUUACCUUAUUCAAUUCUAUCAGCAUUGGACUAGAGGUCUACAGAGACAAGGUAUCUCUUAGUAACUACGCUGCAGCUGGAGCUGUUACUGCUGGUCUGUUCAGACUGAACCUGGGUCUACGAGGUCUGGUGGCAGGAACAGUCAUUGGAACAUUUUUAGGACUUCCUACUGGUGCUCUGAUCCUCAGCCUGCAGUCUUUGUCUGGAGAAAGUGUCAGAGAGAGAAGGAAGAGGGAGCGCCGGGAACUGUAUGAGCAACGUCUGGCAGAAUGGACUGAGAAUUUGCAACUCACAGACGAGCUGAUAGGAAACCUGGACGACAGAACUCACAAUGAGGAAACAUCCAAGGACAUAAGGAGGAUUCAGGAACUGCUUACUUCACCAGAGAAUACGAAUGAGAGAGUCAGAGCUGUGUGUCUCUACACUGAGAGGUUUUUGUACGACGCCUCAAAGACUUUGUAUCACUGUGGUACACUUUUGGUGGAGGAACCAGACUCGAUGUUGGAGUUUUUGCCCCCCCCACCCUGACAGUGCUGCCUCCCUCCAGCCAGGAGCUGCAGCAGGGUAAGGCCACGCUCACGUGUCUGGCCAACAAGGGCUUCCCCUCAGACUGGACUCUGUCCUGGAAGGUGGGCGGUAUCAGCAGCAGCAGCAGCGGGGAGGAGAGCAGGAGCCGUGGGCUGAUGGAGAAGGACGGCCACUACAGCUGGAGCAGCACGCUGAGGCUCCCUGCUGACCAGUGGAUGAAGGUGACCACUGGGACCUGUGAGGCCACCCAGGGCUCCCACACUCCACUCACAGAGACACUGUGGACAAACCAGUGUUCUCAGUCCUGAUCUGACUCUCUGAGACUCUGCUCCUGGUUUUACUCUCUUCUCUGCAUUUCUGUCUUUUAACAAGAAUUAGAAAAAGAAAACUUCUAAAAAGGAUUCAUUUCUGCUGGUUAUGAUGCUCAGUCUUUCAGUGUCUAAGAAAAAGAAAUAAAGAUUUUUGUGAUUCAUUCUAAA